AUGACGUUGUUUAAGUUAGAAUAUAUGAAUGAUAUUAGAAUUGUUGAACUUCAAAACCUCACCAUUGUCUCUCUCUAUGAUGCAUUUACAAAAAAAUUUAAUUUAAAAGAUGUUAGGUUAAGACCACGUUAUUUGAUGAAAUUUCUUGAUACAGACGGAGAUUGGGUAACAUUAACUGAUGAUACUGACAUUCUUUUAGCAAUGAAACAAAUGAAGAAUAUUACUUUAAGAUUAAAACUUGUUGAUAGUUAUCAAACCGCUACUAGUUCAAUGAAUGAAGAAUGGGACUUACGACCAUUAUUUUCUCAAUUAAUUAAUUCUCCUUCUAUUCAGAACAGUAUCUCAAAAAUGGUUGAAAAUAUUCUUCAAACAUCAAAUCAAGUGGUUGAAGUUAGAACAAAACCUGAAGUAGUUAAAAUGCCAUCAAAUUAUAAUACAUCACAAAAUGAAAUGGAAAAUCUUCCAGUAUUAGAUGAUGAUGGUUUGUUUUAUUCAUUGAAAUAA